AAAUCCUCUUCCUGAAUCUGAUCAUUGACGCUUUUUCUCUUUGCAUUUAUCUGUUCUUCGUCAAAAUACAUACACACUUAGAUAAAUAUAGAUACAGACAUAUUUAUAUCUAUCUACGUACCAGGACUACUACUCGCGAGAAGAAGGACGGACGGAAUUCAAACUCUCAUGCAGUGAAAGCAAAAACCCCACACCGACAUGCCAAUGGAUCGAUCGCCGUAUUACUCUUCCUCCUCCGACAGCUCUCCGUUUUCUUCUUCGGGCUCGUCGCCGGCGAAAGCUUCGACGGUUGUGCUCUCAAUUGAAUGCUUAAAGGGCAGCUCCAAGGCCGACGAAUGGACCGGCGACAUGCUGCAGACCGGCGACAUAGUGGAGGAGUUAAAAAUCGGGAACCUGACGGUCAAGUCGCCGUUCAAGAACGGCAAGACCGGCGUGCAGAGGAUCCUCCACAACUCCUUCAAGCAGAAACAGACGUCAAUCCGGGUCCGGGUCAGGCGCGGCUCCGACGACCUCGCGGAAUUGCAGGCGUGCAUCGUGCCCGGCGACCAGUUGGUGGGGAAGAAGCAGUACGUUUUGCGGGCCAUUGACGACCCGAAUUACGCCGUCGGGUUCUUUGAUCGGACGGAGAGCGAGUGCUUGAAUUUGCAAGCUUCAAGAACCUCAAGAAUGGUGAGUGCACUAGAGAGAACUCCACUUCAAGACGGUUACGUCUCGUAUCCGUGGGAGAGGCGGAUGGGUGAGAUGCUGUCGAUUCCCAAUUCAAGCAGCUUUUACUCCAUCCUCUUCUUGCCAAAAGCCUCUGACAAAGCCGGUACCCGGUACAACGACCUCGAGGACACCCUUGCGCGAGCCCACGCGUGGAUCAAUGCUUCCCAGGCAUCGGGGGCUCCUAUUGUGUUCAUGAACAUUCAGACCGAAUCCCUUCUUACAAAGAUAUCUGGAGAUACUGCUUCUUCCACAGUAAGCGCGGGAUCGCUCUCGGACUUGUCGAAUCUUGCCAACACCAGCAUAUAUGGUUUUGAGGACUACCACGGGAUAGACAUCGGUGUGGUAAGAGCUGUUCGUCUAUGGUUCUCCCCGCUUGCAGGGGAGAUUCCAAUCGAGAUCAAGAUCAAAGAAACCGACACAAAGCUCGGAUUUGCCAUCAGCCGAACAGAAGAGGGAUUCAUCCACAUAUCAUCAGUCAUCGAAACUGACAACGAUGCACCGUCUGCCCGGUCAGGGCUGAGCAAUCUGUACAAGCAGGCAUCCGAAACCUCCCGGCUCCUGGUGGUGUCCCGAAUAUCCAACCAAAAAGUUCUUCCCUGGAUGGUUUCUCCAACAGGCGCAAUCCGAUGCUUCGACACGGUUUCACUCAGCCAGAAGCUCUCCCUCCACCGCCACGCUAGGGUGCCAAUCCUCCUCCAUGUUUUCCUAUGGGACAGAAGCGCAAACUACGCAAACGUGGGCAGCAUCAGGGCCCGAGCCAUGUCGGUGUGCCCUCCGUCAUUGCCGACUGAGGUUCACUUGGCGCGUAGGGAUAAUGAGAAUCAAGCGCUGCCGACGGAAGAGGAAGAGGAAGAGGAAGAGGAGACGGAUGAUCAGUAUGAGAGUAGAGAGGGUGAUGGAGCGGCGGCCAUUAUGCUGGACCGAGAUACUGCUGGGGAGUUCUCCUUCCGGUUGCAUGAUUUCGGUCUUACAAAUAAUUGGGUGUGACAUAAUUAUAUAUAUGUCUUGCUUUUAGUUAACCUUAUUUGUGUUCUGUCUUUGACAUUUUUUAUGUACAUAUAUGUGCAAUCUAUCUGCAUUCGUCUUCAUGUAAUGUAGUACACUUGUAGCAGUUAACCCAUAUAUAUAGUUGAGCUAAAUUUUGAUUUCUA